AUGCCAAAAGUAGUUGAUAAUUAUGUAUUAGAGAGAUGUAUAGGAAAGGGACAAUUCGGAGAAGUGUUCAAAGUGUACAAUAAACAAACAUAGGAGGACAUAGCAGUAAAAUGUGUAAAGAGGGAACUGUUGAAGGGGAAAUUUACAGAGUUAUUAGAAAAUGAAAUUAAUGUGUUAAGAACUUGCAAUAAUGAUAAUAUCAUAAAAUUAUAUGAUAUAAAGAAGUCAAUCAACAAUAUAUAUCUGAUAAUUGAGUACUGUAAUGAAGGUGAUCUAUCAUAGUAUAUAAAAUAAAAAAAGUUUUUAGUGGAAGAAGAAGCAGUUGAUUAUUUACUUUAGAUAUUGAAUGGUUUUAAAACACUUGUAAAGAAUAAGAUAAUGCACAGAGACUUUAAAUUGGAAAAUAUUCUCAAACAUGAUGGCAAUAUCAAAAUAGCUGAUUUUGGAUUCUCAAAAUUGUUGAAUGAUCAUCAAGCUUUAGCAAAAACAAUGUUAGGAUCUCCUCUUAACAAGGCUCCGGAAGUGUUAAAUAACUAAGAGUAUGACAAUAAAGCAGACAUAUGGUCUAUUGGUUAUUGUUUCUAUGAAUUAUUAUUUGGAAAAUCACCAUUUACUACUACUAACAUGGUCGAGUUGCUGGAGAACAUUAAAACUUAAUAGUUUGUUAUCGAUAGGAAGGUUAAUAAUAUAUCUCCUACAGCUGAGGAUUUAUUAAAUAAAAUGCUUGUAGUUAAUCCAAAAGAUAGGAUAUCUUGGCAAGAUCUCUUUAAUCACGAGAUAAAUUUCUAUCAAGAGGAAAAGUUGAAGAAAGAUUUAGAAACUGCUCUUAAGGGGGGAGAAGUAAUGAUGAAUAUGAGAAAAUUCUAUAUCAAAAAUAAUUUGGUUUUUGAUCAUCCAGCUGAUUUAAAGAAGAAGGAGGACUUGAAUAAUUUUGCCAUUUAAAUAGCCUAAAAGGGUCCAUAAAAUCAAUAUUAAUAAUAUGAUGGCCCGAUAUUAAAGAAACCCUAAGAGGAAAACAAUUUAAUUAGAUAGGAUCAAGUCAAAAAUGUCUAGACUAAUCAAGGGUCUACUUAAGAUAUUGGUAAUGAUGAAGUGAUUGAUAAGGAAACACAAAGAGAAAAAGAAAUCAAGGCUAAAAAAAGAAAUGCCAAUAGGAUUUUGCAUGAAAGAAAUAUUUAUGUAUUUCUAGCAUCUGUUGCUGAAGAAGCAAUGAGCAAUUAGACUAUUCAAAAUUAUGAUGUGACAGGCUUCCUUUUGGUCAAAAAGUUGCUGUUAUAAAUUGAUUUCCUAAAGACCUUUCUUCAAAAUAAAUAAAAUGUCUAUGGAUUGGAGUUUUGGGAAUAGUUUACUUUGAGUAAGGAUUAUAAGGAUAUUCACACACACAUUUCCAAAGAAUUUGAUGUUUUCAAAUCCUACUUUGAUUCAAUCUAUGAGAAACUUAGUGUAUAAAUUCAAUAUAGUACAAAAGUGGAUGAUACAAUCAAACAGUCUAUUAAUAGUAACAUUAGAUAAAGCAAUCAAGAGAUUUUAUUCAAAUGCUUGGUCGAUUAUUUAAAUUUAUUGAUUGAUUCUCUAAAAAGUUUAAUAUAGGAUCAAUAUCGAUAACAUUGGGUUCAUGCUGAUCGAGUGUUGGAUUGCAUUCGAUUAGAAGAGACAUUCUAAUUUGAGGAUAAAAGUACAAACUAGCAAUUUAAUUUCAAAUAAUAUUAUGAAAAAGACAAUUUAUUAGAAAUAGAAGCGCUGGCUAAAAAAGUGUUAUAAAAGUUUGAGAAACUAAAGUGAAUUAUUCGUUGACCAACAUAUAUCUAGAUUAUUUAUAAACUAUUAAUUAA